AAUGACGCUUAACUAAUUAACUAACUGUUCAAAUGUAUUUAUUAUUGAAUGAUAUAUUGGAUCGUGUAAUAAGUAAUUUUCCAACAAAAUAAAGUGAUUAUAUUUUUGUGUGGUUAUAAUAUUGUGGAAUUAUGCGUGUAAAAAAUGACCGGAGAUAAUAGAUUCAAAAGGCAUGAGUAUUGUUCCAUAAAAUUGUAACUACAUAAAAAUACGAUCGUUCUAUUUUAUCUGAAAUUGUCUGUCGUGCAAUCUGUAACUAUAUAAUACCAUUAAUUUGAUAUAUCUUAAAUACUCGGCACACACGUAGGGUACCAUUAGAUAUUUUUUCCUUUGAACACUCUUCUGGGGGGAUGUUUCACGCGUAGAGCGACGCUGUGUCUUUGCACAAUAUGCUCUUGUCACAAUAAGUCGCUCGUCAUUACGAAAAUGCAAAUACUUCAGUUGAAUUUUCUGAUAUACACCGUGGGUGGUGUGUGGCGGCCUAUCGCGUGGUCGUCGAAUGCUGCUAAGUUCUUGUAUAACGUGUUCACUUUCUGUACAAUCAUACCGUUGUACUUUUUGAUGUUGACUCAAUUUAUGGAUCUCGUUCUUAUCGUCGAUAAUAUGGACGAUUUUACCACCAACUCUCUCAUGUUCAUGACUAUCGUCGCCGUUUGUUGCAAAGCAACGAUCGCCGUGUUCCGUCGGAACGGGAUCAUCAGUUUGGUGCAGAUGUUGCUGACAAAGCCGUGCAGACCUCAGGACGAGGACGAAGUGGCAAUACAAAUGAAAUUCAAUAAGUUCAUUAGAUUAUGGUCGAUCAGAUAUUCGCUUCUAGCGACGAGUUCCGUCACGGGCGUCACCAUUAAAUCGGUGCUAAAUGUUAUGCAUGGUAUCUUGCCGUAUCGAGUAUGGUUGCCGUACGAUUCGAACGUGUCUCUGUCGUUCUGGAUCACGUCCAUUCUACAGAUCGUGUCCUUGAUUUUCGCCACUAUCAUCAACGUUGGCACGGAGACUCUGGUCUUCGGCUUGUUUUUACAAACGUGCGCGCAACUUGAAAUUUUCGAGAGGCGUCUUUACAAACUGGUGAUUAACAGAACAGUAACGAGAUUGUCCGACGAACAUAGAGGACGUUUUUCAUCGAGUUACAAGGAAGAACUAAUAUCUAAAUACAUACACCAUCAUCUCAGCAUUUACCAGUACGCCAAAACAGUAAACAGCGUAUUCAACCAAGUACUGUUCGUCCAAUUCUUCGUCAGUAUAUUAGUAUUAUGUACGAGUGUGUAUUAUUUGUCGUCUCACAUUAUGGAAUCGGAAGCUGCGACUAUGAUAGUAUACACUAUUUGCAUGUUUCUACAAAUUUAUAUCUAUUGUUGGUCCGGAAACGAAGUCAUUCUUAAGGUGAGAGAUUAUUUGCAUUUCACUUCCCGUUUUACGAAAAUGCAGAUACUUCGGUUGAAUUUUUUAAUAUACACCGUGGGUGGUGUGUGGCGGCCUAUCGCGUGGUCAUCGAAUGCUGCUAAAUUCUUGUAUAACGUGUUCACCUUCUGUACAAUCAUACCAUUGUAUUUUUUGAUGCUGACUCAAUUCAUGGAUAUCGUUCUUAUCGUCGAUAAUAUGGACGAUUUUACCACCAACUCUCUCAUGUUCAUGACUAUCGUCGCCGUUUGUUGCAAAGCCACAAUCGCUGUGUUUCGUCGGAACGGGAUCAUCAGUUUGGUGCAGAUGUUGCUAACAGAGCCGUGCAGACCUCAGGACGAGGACGAAGUGGCAAUACAAAUGAAAUUCAAUAAGUUCAUUAGAUCAUGGUCGAUCAGAUAUUCGCUUCUAGCGACGAGUUCCGUCACGGGCGUCACAGUGAGGUCGGUGCUGAACAUCAUGCACGGUAUCUUGCCGUACCGAGUAUGGUUGCCGUACGAUUCGAACGUGUCUCUGUCAUUCUGGAUCACGUCCAUUCUACAAAUUGUGUCCGUGAUCUUCACCACGAUCAUAAACGUCGGCACGGAGACCUUGGUCUUCGGCUUCUUCUUGCAAACGUGCGCUCAACUCGAAAUAUUCGAAAAGCGUCUUAAGAAAUUGGUAACUAAUAAGAAGGAACCACAGCCAAUAUGUCCGCCGUCCUUCCCGUUGUACAAGACGGACACAGUGAUAUCGAAACACAUAUAUCAUCACCUCUGCAUUUUCAAAUACGCGAAAACGGUGAACAACAUAUUUAAUCAGGUACUUUUUGUCCAAUUCUUCAGCAGUAUAUUGAUAUUAUGUACGAGCGUGUAUUACUUAUCGUCGCAUAUCACGGAGUCCGAAUCGGCGACUUUGAUAGUGUACACCAUUUGCAUGUUUGUGCAAAUCUAUGUCUAUUGUUGGUCCGGCAAUGAAGUUAUACUCAAGAGCGCGAGCAUAGGAGACACGGUAUAUAAAAUGGAUUGGGUCUCACUAUCGAUUAAGGAGAAGAAGGAUCUGCUGAUGAUCAUGAAACGUAGUACGAUUCCUAUCAAAUUCACUAGCAGCUUUCUGAUAACCCUAUCUCUCCAAUCUUACAGCAACGUCGUGCUUAUCGUCGAUAAUAUGGAUGAUUUCGCGACUAAUUCUCUCAUGUUUAUGACGAUCGUUGGCGUUUGUUGCAAAGCCACUGUGGCGGUGUUACGUCGAGACGCGAUCAUUGAUUUGAUCGGGAUACUGGUGAAGGAGCCGUGCAAGCCUCGAGAUGAAACCGAAACGGCGAUACAGGAGAAAUUCGACGAGUUUAUCAGGUCGUGCUCAAUAAAAUACUCGCUUUUGGCGACAGGUUCCAUUAUGAGCUUCACGAUAAGAUCGGUGCUGAACGUUGUGCAAGGUCACUUACCUUACAGAGUGUGGCUGCCGUACAACUCGAAUCAGACCCCGUUGUUCUUGAUCACGUCGAUCCACCAGAUUAUCACCUUGAUUUUCGCCACUAUCAUUAAUGUCGGCACGGAGACUCUGAUCUUCGGUCUCUUCCUGCAGACGUGCGUCCAGCUCGAGAUCUUCGAGUGUCGUCUGCACAAAUUCGUGACGCAUAAAUCGGCGCGCUGUCGGGAGUACUUCUCGCGCGGCUCGUCGGAUAAAGUGGAAGCGAUAAUGUCGAAAUAUAUACGUCAUCAUCUCAGCAUUUACAAGUAUGCUAAAAUGUUAAAUAGCAUAUUCAACCAGGUACUCUUCUUUCAAUUCUUUGGGAGCAUACUGGUAUUGUGUACAAGCGUGUAUUACAUGUCGACACACAUUACUGGGUCCGAGGCUGCGACUUUGCCGGCGUACACUAUUUGCAUGUUCGUACAGAUCUUCGUUUACUGCUGGUCUGGAAAUGAAGUUAUACUCAAGAGUGCGAACAUAGGAAGUGCGAUAUAUCAUAUGAAUUGGCCUUCGCUAUCGAUCGGCGACAAGAAAGAUCUUCUGAUGAUAAUGAAACGUAGUACAGUUCCUAUAAAGUUUACUAGUAGUUUUCUGAUCACUUUCUCCCUCGAGUCUUAUAGCAACGUUAGUAAUACUGUUGGAAUUAUAAUGGCAUAAGUACUUAUAAUUAACAUGCUUUGAAGCAUAUAUAUAUAUAUAUAUAUAUAUAUAUAUAUAUAUAUAUAUAUAUAUAUAUAUAUGUCUAUA